AUGUCUGCUCGAGCGUUGUUGCUUGUUUCAAGCGCCAUUGGUGCUCUAAGCACCCCUGUCUAUGUGAGGGAUACGGCUGGUUCUACAGCCUCCGUUGCACCAGCCGCUGCCACAGUCUCAGCAGAUUCGCCCGCUGGCGCGGCUCUGUUCUCGCAAGAAGCGAUACAGCUGACGGAAGACGCGUUAGAAACUGCUUCCAGUCAAAUUGACGAGGUUGACGUACUCGAACUAUUCGGUUUCGGGGACAACAAUGGCGCGGCGGCUUUUGCAACGCGGGCAAUCAAAAAGGGCGAAUGCAAGGCUUUUCCUGGGGAUUCAAACUAUCCGAAAGACAUUGUAUGGCCAAUCUUUGAUCUGUUGCUAGGAGGAGCACUCAUCAAGACAAAACCUAUUGCUGCUCCUUGUUACAAAGAGUCUGCGUGGAACAACUACGAUGAGGCCAAAUGCGAGGAUAUUUCGGCAAGGUUCACUACCGCUGAUGUGCACACGAGUGACCCAACCUCAAUGAUGUGGCCCCUCUUCCAGGGGCGCACCUGUAUGCCCACCAAUGAAUCCGAUGGCACAUGUACGCUUGGGGGCUACGCCUCGUACUCGAUCAACGUCAAGAACACCGCACAAGUACAACUCGGUGUCAAUUUCGCCCGUAACAUGAACUUGCGCCUCACGGUCAAGAACACCGGUCACGACUACAUUGGUAAAUCAUCUGGUGCCGGUGCUCUCAGUCUCUGGACCCAUAAUCUCAAGGACAUCCGGUUCAUCCAAAACUACAAGUCGGCGAACUACAAUGGCCCGGCGUUCAAGGCUGGUGCAGGUGUCCAGGGUUUUGAGAUCUUGGAGGCUGCUCGCGACCACGAUGUCACCGUGCUUGCUGGCAUCUGCGAAACUGUUGGAUGGGCUGGCGGUUAUCUCGCCGGUGGCGGUCACUCACCUCUAGCCUCCAUCUACGGCAUGGCCGCUGACCAGGUUCUCGCAUACGAAGUCGUGACUGCCGAUGGACGCUUUGUCACCGCCUCGGAAACCGUCAAUCCAGACCUAUUCUGGGCGCUGCGCGGCGGAGGCGGCAGCACCUUCGGCGUCGUGACAUCGGUGAUAGCGCGAGCGCACCCUCGCAUCAAAGUCACAAAAUCCGUCUUCUCCUUCCAAGCGCCGAUCAACGACACAAGCAACUUCUGGCACGGCAUCAACGCACUUAUGAAGCGCUUCCCGCAGUUCAGCAAAGCAGGAACAUACUCGUACUUCUGGAUCUGGAACUACGGCACAACGCUCGACUUCCAAAUGACGCCCUUUUUCGCGCCCAACCACACACUCGAAUCCUUUGACGAGCUUACGCGAGACUUCUUCCAGGAGCUCAGCUCGUUCAAUCUCUCCGUGACGCCGAAAACGACGUUCCAUGAAGACUUCUACUCGGCCAACAAGGGCUCCUGGGGCGAAGACACGCUGGGCGUAACCUUUAUCCGGCAAGCCACGCGGCUGUUCCCCAAGAGCCUGUGGGAGACGGAGGACAAAUUCACCGCCUUCUACAACACAAUCAAGAACACGGUCAUGAGCGGCCACACCGUCGGCGGAUACCACAUGACGCCCGGCAACCCGCUUGGCGUCGACAACGCCGUCAACGAAGCAUGGCGUACCACGCAGUCAUUUCUCAUCACCGCAAACAUGCUGCGGGACAAGGCCACGCCCGCGGAAUUUGGAGCAGCCUCAGACUACCUGACCUACACCAUCAUGCAGCCAUGGCGCGACGUGGCGCCCACCGAGCACGGCGGCGGCGUCUACCUCAACGAAGCCGACAUCCAGGAACCCAACUGGCAAGUCGACUUUUACGGCCCAAACAAGUACCCCAAGCUGCUUGCCAUCAAGCACAAGUGGGAUCCUACAGGCGUCUUCUACGCUACUACGGCAGUGGGCAGCGAGGCCUGGGAAGUCCGUGAUGGCGAGCAAGGCGCCCAGACGCAGAAUGGGCGCUUGUGCCGCCUUUGAUACAAGGUUUAGAGGCUGUGGUAUUACAGAAAGGAAAUCAAU